AGUUACGCGCGCUGCUGCAUCGGACAAGUGCGAUAGCUGGUGAGAUGGCAGGAGAGCCAGAAGUCUUCAAAACCUAACGUUCGCUCGGUGUCCUUCCUCGACGUGGAUCCAGUGACGCUUUUUGUGGCUAUCAGGCUGUUUGAUCCAGAUGUUUCUAUGCCCAAACUCUGCCGCGUUCGCUCCUCGCUCACUGGGUUCGCUCUUCCUCUUGAAGAAGAAGUGUUGCGCGGAAUUCCCCUCAGUGCAACCAGGAAGAAGCGCUUAUUCUCGGCUUGUGAUCUGACACGUCCGGGCGCUCUAGAACAUGUCUCUACUGUGCUGCUGCUGCUUCAUAGUAAGCAUAUGCGUAACAGCACUGGCUUCAGGGCUCCUCCCUCCCAGGAAUGUCCGACUGACGUCUCACAAUAUGGACUUGUAUCUGAGGUGGGAACCCCCAGACAAUAUCUCCAGUCAGAUUUUGUACUCCACAAAGCUCCAGGGCAGUUUUGACAGUGUCCAGUUCAGACCUGCCUGUGUCAACACUUCAGCCCUUUUCUGUGAGCUUUCAGCACCAGGCCUUGGACUCAAUAUCCUGGAGUUUGGCCGAUACAAUGCAUCAGUUCGAGCACUGUCUGGAAAUGAGGUGUCAGACUGGGUUCACAGCCAGAAUCUCACCAUGGACAAAGACACUGUGAUCGGCCCCCCAACGGUGGCUGUCGUCUCUCAUGGAGCAGAUUUGGAGGUGAGCGUGAGAGACCCACAGUUCAGAGUUUCCACCAUGGAACAUGUCUUUGGCCUACCAAAGUACAACAUUAGCUACUGGCCCAGAGGACGCUCAUACCAGGCCAAACACAUGCAGGUGCAGCAGAGCCGAGUCGUUCUCAGUGAGUUGGAACCAUGGACUGAGUAUUGUAUCCAAGUCCAAAUCUAUGUAGAUCUGUCGAGAAACCACAAUACUGGUGAGACCAGUGAGCCGGUGUGUGAGAGCACUGCUGAUGUGCCCUCUGCUCCUUGGGUGACUGCAGUGGUCACUUUUGUGGCUUUGGCGCUGACUGUGGCACUCGUUGUUGUUACAGUCAUUUACCGCAAACCGAUCUGCCACUUCCUGUGUCCGAAAGACUCACUGCCUGAGCUCUUGCAGAAUGUACCGAAAUGCCCCCACUCACCACUCUUUGUGCAAGAAGAACCGUGUCACCCCCUCACAAUGAUCCCAUGGCAGGAUGAAGGGAAGCAUCUCACUGCAGUCUCAUAAUACCGGAUUUUUACUUCAACAAUACAGGCUGGUCAGAGCUCCACUGAAACCAUCAGACUGUCUCAUUUUUGUUUGUCACUGUUUCAUGAAUGGUGCAGUGAUUAUGUAGCACUAUGUGCCAACUAUAUGUCCAUGAAACUUAUAUAAAGUUCAAUAUUAUUUUUGUGGAUGAACUUGAACUGCCACCUUAACGUGGUGGAGAGGUUUGAGUGCCCAAAUGAUCCAGGGAGCUAUGUUGUCAGGGGCUUCAUACCCCUGGUAGGGUCACCCAAGGCAAACAGGUCCUGGGGGACGGGUCAGACCAAGAGUGGUUCAGAAGCCUCAUGAUGGAUACGCAUAGGUCAGCGAUGUCGUCUGGAUUAGUGUUACUGAGGCUCCACCCUGGAGCCAGGCCUGGGUUAGGUGCUCACCAGCGAGCGCCUGGUGGUCGGGCCUUCCCCCAUGGGGCCCGGCUAAGCUCAGCCCAAAGGAACGACGUGGGGCUGUCCUCCCAUGGGUGGUGGGUCAGCUGGGAGGACGGCCCCACGUCGCUCCAUAUGGGGCUGGUGCAGAGAGAUUUGGGCUGCACUCCAUUGUUCUACUGGGGGACUUCAGUGCCCAUAUGGGCAACGACAGUGACACCUGGAGAAGGGUGAUUAGGAGGAACAAACUCCCUCAUCUGAACUUGAGCGGUAUUCUUUUAUUGGACUUCUGGGCUAGCCAGUUUGUCCAUAACGAACACCAUGUUUGAUCACAAGGGUGUUGUUUUGUGAAAUAUCUUAAAAGGUUCGUGGGAAGUAGUCACAACCAGGCAAUCACUAUUUCACAUCAAUCAAUGCCAGCACACAAUGAAGCUAGAGUGAACGUGUCUGUCUAUUCCCCGCUUAACAUUGUUACAACAAGCUAGAAUAACUGUGCCUGUUUAUUCCCCGCUCAAUAAUUGUUACAAUGAAGCUAGAACAAAUGUGUCCGGUUACUCCCCGCUUAACAUUGCUACACAUACAAUGAGGCUAGAAUAAAUGUGUCUGUUUACUCCCCGCUCAACAUUGCAAUCAUCACACAAUGAGGCUAGAAUAAAUAUGUCAGUUUAUUUCCCGCUCAACAUUGUUACAAUCAUAUCAAUCAAUCAAUGGGUUUAAGCAUCAACCAUCACACAAACUGGCACAUAAGAAAAUCAAACUCACCGUUGACACUGGGCUGGAGAGCCAACAACCCACGGCAGAGUAGCUUAAACCCGGCUGGGCGUUCGUACGUAACCCGCAGCAGACUCUAAAGUGGGUGCUUUCCCUCCGCCUCUAUAUAUUCUCUUCAUGCACCUGUGCGUGCAGAGAGGGCCAGUCUCCACCGCGCACACAUACAUGGAGGCGCAUUCCUGUCCCAUGUCCAGUCUUCUGAGACUGGCAAUGGGGCAGGAUGCCCUGUUUUUCGUAAACACAGUGUCCUUGGCACAAUCCCCUACUAAAAGAUAGCGAGUUGUAUAAGCAUAAUAUUGACUCCGUGCAGGCAUGCAGGCCUUUAUGAAUUGGUCUCAGGACCAUCUUAUAUGUUCCCACUACAGGUGUCCAUCAGUGCACGUGGCACCAGGAAACCCUAGGCCGGAGGUCAAUGAUCAACUUUGUAGUCAUGUCAUAUGACCUCCGGCUGCAUGUCUUGGACACUCAGGUGAAGAGAGGGGCUGAGGUGUCAACUGAUCACCACCUGGUUGUGAGUUGCGUGCGCUGGCAGAGGAGGAAGCCGGAAAGACCUGGCAGGCCCAAGCGUAUAGUGAGGAGUGUUCAGAACGUCUGGCGGAGCCCUCUGUCGGAGGGACUUUCAACUUCUGGGAGGGCUUCUCUCGGAUUCCAGGGGAGGCUGGGGACAUGGAGUCCGAGUGGGCUUUGCUCUCGGCCUCUAUUGUCAAUGCUGCCACUUGUAGCUGUGGCCAUAAUGUCUGUGGUGCCUGUCACGGCAGCAAUCCCCAAACCCAGUGGUGGACAUCGGAAGUAAGGGAUGCUGUCAAGAUGAAGGAGUCCUAUCGGCCCUUGUUGGCUCGUGGGACUCCUGAGGCAGCUGACGGGUAACGACAAGCCAAGCGUACUGCAGCCCAUGUGGUCGCUGUGGCAAAAACUGGGAAAAAACCUCUUUGCAACACCGUAUGGCGGUCGGGGACAGUGCCUCUGGACUGGCAGUCCAGGGUGACUUUGUAUAAGAAGGGGAACCGGAGGGUGUGUUCCAAUUACAGGGGAAUCACACUCCUCAGCCUCCCUGGAAAGGUCUUUGCUAUGGUACUGGAGAGGAGAAUCCCACCGAUAGCUGACCCUCAGAUCCAGGAGGAGCAGUGUGGUUUUCGCCCUAGUUGCAGAACACUGGACCAGCUCUAUACAUAAAUGCUUGAGCGCUCCCGUAGAGAUAGGGUGAGAAGCUCAGUCACAUGCCCGGAACACCUUCGGGAGGUGUUCCGAGCAUGUCCCACUAGGAGGAGGCCCCGGGGGAAGACCCAGGGACUAUGUCUCUCGGAAGUCUGGGAGUCCCUGCUUAGACUGCUGCUCCCGUGACCUGGCCCCAUAUAAGCGGAAGAAAAUGGAUGGAUGAACAGUACAACAGCCACGUGACUCAAUGUAACCAACACUGAGGAUGUGAGCAUCAAAUUCCACCAACUUGUUAUGUGGUCAUUAAUAAACAAUUUUGAUUCUCGCAUCUCUUUGUAGAACAUGUUGUCUGUUUGGUCUAACAGACUUAAGUCUGUAAAUGUAUAGGCUGUAACGACAGCCUCAGUCUGUGCAAGUCCCAGUGCUCUCCAUAUGUGCCACUUUUAAAACUCUGCGCCCAGUAACCGCACUCGACACCCCUGCACCCCCAUCAUCCCAAAUGACCAGAGUGAACUUGUGCCACCACUCCUGUCACCUCCCUUUGUAUUUAUCAAGGGUCUGCUACUCACGAAACUUGAGAUUAAAAACUAUGAAAGCCUUUAUUUAUUUAUUAUUAGAGGGCAUCUUUUGCUGAAUACAUAGCCUAUACAUUUUUAAGUAAAUAAGUUGUGGUGUCCGUAGCUGAAUAUUGGUGGAUUAGGUGUAACUGUCAUUUAUUUGGUUGCUUAAGAACAUGUUGUGAAUCUGGUGCAGAGUUCCCUCAGCAUCUUGUUAUAGUGGUAACGUUUUACAGAGCCCUGCAGGGGAAAAAAAUUCCAAAUCGGGAAAAGAAUCCCGAGAAACAAUCACGCAAUCCUGAGAAACAAUCACACAAUCCUGUAAAAAGUAUCUCGUGAUCCUGUGAAACUUUCUUGCAUUAAAUGAAUGAUAAGGUAGCUAGGGAAGCAGAAAGCAUCAUUACCACGCCUCUGCCGCGAGGCAGUGGGUCUCUGGGCGCCUAAUUCAACUGAUUUACUGCCCAACCAGCUUUCCUUGUUCUGUCCACAAACUGUUUUCUAUCAAGGUACAGACUCUAGUGCUGAAUGUGGUUCAGGCGGCGCGGUUUGUCGUAGGAGGAGCUGCUCCCUAUGCGGCCACCUCUUGUACCAUUAGAGCGCACAGAGC